UGAGUUGGAGAGAAGCGGCCGCCAGUCCUUUGACGUUUUACCUAUUUGGCAUAAAUAACGGUCAUACAUUCCGAAAAGACACUAGAGACGUAACUACAAGACCAGGCCUUUUUCCAGCGAGUAUAUAAUUUUGAAUACCCAUCAUCGUCGGACGACAAAAUGAAUGUAAAAGGUUUCGGAAGCUUUACCUUCCCUGUCUGUAUUUUGAUCACAUUGGUUUUGUUAGACAACUGCUCGGGACAGGUCAUUAUCAAAUUUGGUCGCUGCCCAAGAGUAACGGUCAAGGAUGCAUUUGACGCCUCACGGUACAUUGGACUUUGGUAUGAGCUAGAACGUUUUCCGAAUUUCUUUGAGCUGAACCAAGUAUGUGUCACUGCCACUUACGGAGAUGCUGGUGAUGGGGUCGUGAGUGUCAAAAACGUAGGAGUGUUGGAGUUCAGCCUCUUCGGAAUUUUGUUCGUGUUCCCGGUGAGUAUUGAGGGUCAGGCCGUGGCCCCGGACCCUGCAGAGCCUGCAAGACUGAGGGUGUCCUUCUUCGGAGACGACGAGGGCGCAGAUGCCAACUACUUGGUUGUGGACACGGACUACGACAGUUAUUCAGUUGUCUUCUCCUGCCAAGAGCUCUUCGGAAUCAUCAACAUGCAGACUGCCUGGAUUCUGACCAGGGGACAAGGUACGGUGCCAGCCAAUAUUGACGACCUGAAGAGCACCUUGACCUCUUUCGGAAUUGAUGUCUCAGAUUUUCAAGAAACUCGCCAGACCAACUGCCCGUCACGGAGUCGUAAAUAACAAAACAAACAAAAAACUCAAAUUUUAAUAACGUUUGCCAACUCUGUACAGAAUAAUAGACACCUAACGGUAGUGUUGCGAGUUAUAUCUGUACAGCUUUGCACAGAACAAUAAAUUAGAAUCAGUGCACAAGAAA